AUGGGAGUGGCCCUUACAAGAGCAGUUCAGUGGACAACCGAUGACUCUGGAACUGCAAAAUUAGAAAUAACACCUCUGAAUGAAUCUAUUCUAAGUGACAUUAUAAAGUAUGUGGAGGCUUUCAGCUCCAGGUAUCCAGAAACAGCAAACUUUGUCUUCACAGAACCUCUGAGAUGGAAAACUGAGUUAGAAUCAUCAGCCUUUGGAUCUGAUUAUGAGAUUAGUGACACAGAUGUGAAAUCCAAAGAAACAGACAAAGAUGGGAAUCCAUUACUUCAUUUGUCGUCAUCUACUAUAAAUGUUUACAGCUUUGAUCAGUUAUCACAACUUCUACAUGUUUCAAAAGAUAACAAAAUGAAAGAAGCACAGGCUUGCUUGGAAGCAAACAAAGACCCUAUAGCGUGUAUUCUGGGUCCAGAUUUUGCUAAUGUUGGAGGAGAAGACCAGUCUAUGCUACACUUAGUGGAUAAAAUGCAACAAAAUGGAGGUCACAAUGCACAAAUUAAAAUGAAGAUUUUUCUUCUACUCCAGCAACUCGAUAUGCAGCUGCUCAAUAGCUCUUUAAAACAUUUUUCACAGGAGAUGGAUGAAACACCUACCAAAGUUAAAAAUGAUAUUGAUUGGUUAAGACGGAUCUGCAGCAAUACAGAAACAUCAGUUUUGAAAUCAAUAGAAUAUACAUCAGAUUAUGAGUUCUCAAAUGGCUGCCGUGCUCCACCAUGGAGACAAGUUAAGGGAGAAAUUUGCUACUUAUUGGUUACACCUCAUGACAAUGAACCAUUCUGUGUAACAUGCAGCACGGCAGGAGUAUUUGUAAAUGAAGGCAAAGAGAAGGACAAGGAUGAAAUCAACUAUGAAAGAAAAGGUGAAAUAUAUAAAGAUCUUAUAACACUCUUAAAGAAAAAAUCACAAUGGUUUGCAGAAAAUAUCGACAAACAGGAUUUCACAUUUAUUGAAGACACACAAAUGUCUCAGAAGAUUCAACAUGUGGAUGCAGUUGAUGCUAAGAAGCCGAGCCAAACCAAGUGGUCUAAUGAGUAUCCAGAAAAUAAAGCAAAUGAGAAGACAAGGCAGCCUCUUGUAAAAAGCAAGACUAACAAACAGAAAUUAGAACCAUCUCUGAAAUGGAAGACUCUUAGCCCUAAUGGUCACCAUGCGUAUGAAAAUAGUGAAGAAAAUACAAACGAGAAAAAGGAGCAGGAUGAGAAACAAGGCAAACCCACAAGUGCAGACAGUAAGAGAAGAUCUAACGCUCUUAACUCUGCUUUAAGACGGUCCUCGGCUUUAAAAAGUAAAACUCCUGGAACAAGGUCUGAUGAAUUUAGUGAAAGUUCAACAGAGAGUGAAGAAGAUGAAGAACAGCCAGAUCGGCGCCAGGAAGGUAUCACUGAUCUUCCUUCUGAGUACUGGCAAAUUCAGAAGCUAGUCAAAUAUUUAAAGGGUGGAAACCAAACGGCUACAGUGAUUGCCUUAUGCUCAAUGAGGGAUUUUAAUCUCUCUCAAGAGACAUGUCAACUGGCUAUUAGAGAUGUCGGAGGACUUGAGGUUCUAAUUAACUUGCUCGAUACAGAGGAAAUUAAGUGUAAGAUUGGCUCUUUAAAGAUUCUAAAGGAUAUUAGCCACAACUCACAAAUCCGAAGAGCCAUUGCUGAACUUGGGGGUCUACAAACUAUGGUUAAAAUACUUGAUUCUCAAGACAAAGACUUAAAACGUCUUGCAGCAGAAACCAUUGCAAACGUUGCAAAGUUUAGACGUGCUCGAAGGACUGUUAGACAGUAUGGCGGCAUCAAGAGAUUGGUUGGAUUAUUGGACUGUGUUCCUAUGCGAUCAUCCAACCUCACUCAAGAGCAGGAGAAGGACAUUGAUGUAGCAAGAUGUGGAGCUUUGGCUCUUUGGAGCUGUAGUAAAAGCACAAAGAAUAAAGACGCAAUCCGCAAAGCUGGAGGGAUUCCACUAUUAGCGCGAUUGCUCAAAUCGCCUCAUUCAAAUAUGCUAAUACCAGUGGUUGGGACUCUACAGGAAUGUGCAUCAGAGCCAAGUUACAGACUUGCAAUUAAAACUGAGAAGAUGAUUGAGGAUCUUGUGAAAAAUCUUAGCAGUGAAAACCAAGAGCUACAAAUGCAUUGUGCUAGUGCAAUUUUUAAGUGUGCAGAAGAUGAAGAAACACGCAGUCUAGUUCGCCAAUAUGGAGGUCUUCAGCCACUUGCCACACUUCUUGGCCAAUUUGACAAUAAGGAGCUAUUAGCGGCAGUGACAGGAGCCAUCUGGAAAUGCUCCAUCAGUCGGGAUAAUGUGACAAAGUUUCAAGAGUAUAAAGUGAUAGAAACUCUGGUAGCUUUGCUGACAGAUCAGCCCGAGGAAGUCCUUGUUAAUGUUGUUGGAGCCUUAGGAGAAUGUGGCCAAGAACCAACUAAUCGAGCGAUCAUCCGAAAAAGUGGCGGAAUCAAUCCCCUUGUAAACUUGCUUUCUGGAACAAACCAAGCACUUCUUGUGAAUGUUACAAAAGCUGUAGGAGCUUGUGCUUCAGAACCUGAGAAUAUGGCGAUAAUUGACCGCUUAGAUGGAGUUCGUUUACUGUGGUCUUUGCUUAAAAAUCCACAUCCAGAUGUUCAAGCAAGUGCAGCAUGGGCCAUCUGUCCCUGUAUCGAAAAUGCAAAGGAUGCAGGAGAAAUGGUCCGGUCUUUUGUAGGAGGUUUGGAACUUAUAGUUAAUUUACUAAAGUCAGAAAACAAAGAAGUCCUUGCAAGUGUUUGUGCAGCCAUCACAAAUAUUGCUAAAGAUGAAGAAAAUCUGGCAGUUAUAACCGACCAUGGGGUAGUUCCUAUGCUGUCUGCACUAGCAAAUACGACUGAUGAUAAAUUGAGGCGUCAUUUAGCUGAAGCAAUUUCACGCUGUUGCAUGUGGGGAAACAACAGAGUGGCUUUUGGGAAAGCUAAUGCAGUGGCCCCUUUGGUGCGGUAUCUGAAAUCAAAUGAUCCCUUAGUUCAUCGUGCUACUGCUCAAGCCUUGUACCAGCUUUCUGAAGAUGCUAACAACUGCAUAACAAUGCAUGAAAACGGGGUUGUGAAGCUGUUGAUAGACUUGGUUGGCUCAACUGAUGAGGUUCUCCAGGACGCUGCUGCUGGUUGCAUUGCUAAUAUUCGUCGACUAGCAUUGGCUAAUGAAAAAGCAAGAUACGGCUGAAUUUGAUUACUUUUUUUCAUUUGACAUCCUACUUUAGAACACAUGAUGAUUUUCUGUUCAAAAUCUAUUUAACACGGAACACACCAUUAAUGAAAAAAAUAUUAAUAUUUAUAAAC